AUGAGCUCGACGAGCCGUCCGUCGAGUGGGAGCAACAGCGGUGCCGCCGGUGGUGGUGCUGGAAGUGGAGGAGGUGGAGGAGGAUCCGGUGGUGGUGGAGGCGGUGGAAUCCGAGGAUUCUUCUCGAAACUGAGGAAACCGUCCGAUCAGGUCAAUGGGUCACAGAUCCCAUACAGUCUGGAAACCAGUAGUUUUGAAAUGUCUCGUUCUCCGUUCAUGACAUCUCCAUGA